CCAAUCUCCUCCUCUCCUGUCUCUUCUUAGACUCUCUGUCGUGGCAUUAUAUUCAUUAUUUCAUCAUCAAUUUGACAAUUCAAAUUAUAUAUUUCAGUAACAAGGAUUUUUUCAUAUCACACUUUGAUCCAAGAUUUUUCAAAGAAUUUUAACUUUAAGUAAUGUGAAAAAUCAAAAGGAAAAUAAAGCAAAUCUUUUCCGCCAAAAGGGUACACGCAGAUAAAUACGUCGUUCAUUGGAGAAAGUCAUGGAAAAUCAAGAUCGCGGUGAACGUGUUGAAGAGUGAAAAUCACGGGAGUAACAACUAAACAGUUGUAAUAGUAAUGAUGUGCAAAAACGAAAUGCGCCGUGAAGAUUUCUUCGAGAUCGCCGUUACGAAACCGCUUAGAAUAAUUAUGUUUGACCAGGACUGUUAUGCUUUCCACGAACCAUUGACAUAUCUAUGAUUUCAGCAAAUAGAAAUGAUCGAUUACGCAAAUAUGGUGUCUGAAAUGUUUUGACGGAAGAUUUUUUCUUCUGUGUUCUAUCUUUCGAGAGGGGAAAAAAAAGAAAGAGGAACAUCAUUUGCGGAAGCGGCUGUAUCCAACUAUCGAUGUAACGAAUCCCCAAACAGAGCGACGAUGACAUUAACGAUGGCUCGGUGAAAUGUCAUGUGCCGUGUAUGCGCGCGACUAAGGAAGUUUACUGUGUCGUUUUCCUAAUUCAGUGCUCGGUACUGUAGCCGAAACGUAUCCGACGCAUAAUUUUCGUCCGUCGCAGAAAAGGUUUCGCGUUAUUGCCUUUGAAAUAUCACCUCCAAGUACGAUUGUUGCAUCGCGUCGCUUAUCAUGUUUCCUUCUGGCGUAAACAAUGUUUCCAUUUUUUAAGAAGUCUGGGCAGAAAGAUAGGCCCAGAUCUUUGCAAACUUCUCCAACUAAACCAACAAGUUCUGGGAACUUAUUUGGAGAUGUAUUUAACGGAGAUUCAUCUGUUCAAACACCAACAGGUGUAUUGUGCAGCCUUGAGGAGGAAGAGGAAGACGAAAUGUUCAAUGGAGAAACAAGAGACAUGUCAUCCUUUAGCUCCCAACUUUCAAAGACGCUUCCACAAAUCCUUGCGGACAAAGGUGCUCUUGGUUACUUCAUUCAAUUUAUGGAGACAAAAAACUGUAUAGAGCUUAUUAAAUUUUGGCUGGAAGUGGAAUGCUUAUGCAGUUCGUUUAAUAUAUUAGAAACUCAGAAGAAAAAUGUUCAACCAUCGAAUUGUACAGAGAAUGCUAAUAGACUAUCUAAUUCAAUGGAUAACAAUAAGAAUUUUCAUUGUCAAGUGGCACAGAAUAAUGAUAAUGAAACCGAUGAUACAUUGUUCAAUGAAUAUGUAAAUAAUAAUGGUAGGAAAUCAAAUUGUAACAACAUGCCAAAGAUUAGUCAAAAUAUAAACAGAAGUGGACAAUCAAAACAUAAUUGCAAGAGACGUGACAUGACAAGGCAAGAUGCGUUAAGAAUUUAUAAGAAGUAUAUUGUUAAAGAUACUCUGGGCAUAAAUCAAAUUCCUGAAGAUAUUAAGACGGAGAUGGAGAAAGCUCUGACUUGUGAAAAUAUUGAGUCUAUGUUGUGGUGCCUAUCAGCUGUUCAAGACAUUGUAUACAAUAUAUUAGAAAAUGAGCACAUUAAUGACUUUUUGAGAAGUGAAUUUAACUGCAAACAUCAGAUUGAUGUUCUUACAAGUGGCAACGUACAAUUAACAGAUAUAUUGUACAAUGAAACUGCAUUCUUUUAUUUUAUGGAGUUCAUGGAACUCGAAAAUAAACGCGAGUUAUUAGACUUUUGGAUGUCUGCUAUCAAUUACAAACAAAACUUGUUGGAAAAAAAGGAUGCAGCGAAUCCUGAGGAAGCCCAAACUGAUGCACUGAUCAUUUAUGACAAGUAUUUUAGUCUCCAAGCGACGAUGUCGCUUGGUUUCAGUGAUAUAAUUCGCUUUCAAGUAGAGCAAAAUAUUUGUCAUGAAGAUGGGGAGGGACCACGACCAGACUGUUUUGAUAAGCCUUGUAAAAUUGUAUAUAAUCUUUUAAAUAAGCAUUAUCUACCUACCUUCUUAUCAUCGCAGCUAUAUUACAAAUACUUGUCAGAGUUGAUCAAUACUAUACAGAGUAGUUCAUGCUCGAGUUUACACCCUAGAAUAAAAAGAGCAGGUUCAGAUUGUAGUAGCGAAGUGAGUUCCAUUAGUAUUAAUAUGCAAGGUUCCCUGCAGGCAGGGAAUGAAGGAAGAUCGGGUAACAACAAAAAAAACAUCAGCAGUGGUAUGAACAUCGACACUAGACAACUUUAUGAUCCUGAUUCCUUAUGGAAACGUAAUAAAUAUAGUUUAAGCGUCGGUUAUAUCGAUGCCUUAGGAAGGUUUAUAACUGAAAUAGAACCAGAUCCUCAAAGAAAAUGUGAAUCACGAUUAACACGUGCUGUGAAAAGGCUUGUAAAUAUGGAGCAAGACAAGGCUAAAGAAGAAUUAGCAUGGAAGAUCGCCGAGAUGAUCGUUCGUGAAAUAACAUCAUUGACCCUAGGAGCAUCGAAUUUUUCAUCCUGAUGGCAGACACUGCAUUGGACAUCGAUUUCUUUCUUUGUAUGAUAUACUUCACCCUUUAAAUUCUUGAAGGUAAAUACCUUGUUUAAUAUAAUUUCUUAAUUGCAUAUACUUUGCUAAAGUGCCAAAUCGAACGAGAUAAAUAAUAUUUUAUUACAUUUAAGAAGAAAAUUUAGGGAACAUAAUUACGUUCAUGUUUGUCAAUUUUCGCAAUUUUUUAUUGCCACUAUAUUUUGCGUAUAUUAUAUGGCGCAAACGAUCCGUGCAUUUAAAGUAGAAUCUAUUGUAAAAUUAUAAUUAUGAUUAACAUAGAAUUAAUAAGUAAAAAAUAUUGAUUUUUUGCACUUAAAAAAUUAAUCCUUUGUUGCAAGAUCAUUGUGAUAUCGUUAUCGGAUCUUUUACACUCCUGCAUAAUAAAUUAUCAAAUUUAUCAUCCUAUUUUCCUUUUUAAACAAGUAAACUAGUUUAUGAACUUGCUAAUAGUAGUAAAAGAAUGUUUAGUAUUACUCUUGACAUGCUCUUGAAUUUAUGAAAAAUGUAGUGACGAUUUGUAAAAACGAGGACGAUAAUUUUAUACAUAUUUUUUACUUUCAUGAGAUUACUAAAAUAUCCAUUUUUCUUGUAAGAUAUGCGCUGUUUUUUUGAAUGAUAUUAAGAUUAUAGUAAGGUGGACAAAGCAUGAUGCUUUGUAUUUAAUCAUUGUGCUAAUUUUUUAAACAGUUGACUGCCAAGUAUUGUUACAGUUUAUUGAGUUCUAUGCAUAUAGUGUUUUUCAUUAAAAUAAAAGAAAGACUAAGAAUAUGUGAAUGACAAAAUUUAGGAUAUAUCGCUAAGAGAUGUGAUUGGAAUGUAGUGUAUAUAUGGUUGAAAAUGUUAUGAACAAAGUAGACUUUGGGUUAUAAAUGGAACAAUUUAAUUUAUAAUGGAACAGAUUUCAUAAAUUAUCAGUAACUGUAAGCCACAAAUUUAAGCCCUCUAUGUUCUGUAUUGCAGUAGUAAAAAAGAAUGAUUACAUUUUACUAACAAAUGAUUUGACCUUGAAAGUAAAUUCUUCCAGGUAACCCUUAUGUUAGACAUCAACUUGGCAGUAUUUACCCUAAUUUACUGUAUGUAGAGUAUGUAAGCGAUGUAAAAAGAAGCGUGAACAUUCAUUUCGUUAUUAUACAGUCACAGAAUCUUUAUAUAUUAUUAGUCUUAUAAAGUUAGUACUAAUAGAUCAAAUAACUUAGCUUUACUCAAAGAUUAUUUUAUUAAAAUUCAAUCUAUUUUUAACACUGAUAUUAGAAGAAGAAAAAAAGUGGAUGAUAACAUUUUAGAAUAACGAUUUAGAUUUAAAUGUGUAAGAUAUGAGACAUAGUCCAAGAUUAAUGUUAAAUUAUUGGUCAAUAAUCUCCAAUGGUGCACAUUUUUUCUUUCGCGAAAACAAGCGAACGAUAAAAGUAUUGGGUUGAAUUAUAAAUAAUUUUUGUUUUUCUUUUUUUAGUUUAUUCUAAUCUAAUACUCGCGAUAUAAUGAAUAUUUAUGUAUUUUUAUAAUUAUUUGAGAAAUUUUCUUUGUAUCUGUCAGAAGUUAUUUAUAACUCAGUUCAAUAGUUUGAUCUUCGUUAUUUUCAUUUAGCAGGUCUGCACAGUAAUUGAUUCAUUUGUACAGAUUAAAACCUUUUCUACACUGUGUAUUUCUUUGUUACGCUUCGUAUUCAGAAUUAAAUCAUCGUCGUAUUUACAUAGAAUUUUUGGUGCUAACACAGAAGAGAUCACUGCUCGAAAAAUUAGUUGACAUUAUUUGUAAAAACAAGAUGUGUGAUGUCGUGGGUAAUGUGAAAAUCUACGAACACUUGUUACUAGUAAUGUACAUAAAAACUUUUUUUAUUAAAGUCAGAGAUCUUGUACGAAUAAAAGUCUGUUAAUUAAAAAAAGAAAAAAACAAACAACAAAAAAAAACAAGAGAACAGAUCGAGAUAUGUGUUUCAAGAUUCUACAUGCACUAUUUUCUGAGAUACACAUAUUUUUUAGAGGUGCUCCUUAUUAACCAUAACAAAGUGACUGUCGUAACGAUAAAUUUUUAAAUUGUGAUGUCCGUUAUAUUUAUAUAUUAUAUAUAUUCAUGCAAAUCUGAGUGCUUCAAGUUGAAUAGUUU